AUGUCGACGUCGACGUCCGAUUCUCAACAGUUUUCCUUCGGCGAGCGGCUGGGCAUGUUCUUCUCCGUUCAGUCCUCAAUUCUCUCCGUGUUAUCCGUCACGGUCAUCAUGAUCUACAUCUUCGUCAAAUGGUCGAGACGAACCCUGAGCGGCAAAAGCGAAGCAUCAGUCUCAGAUUCCAGUCUCUUCUUAAAUCUCAUGGUUGCAGACCUCAUUCAAGCCCUCGGUACGUCUUUCUUGACGAAUGAACGCACAACAACACUCUUUUCUAAUCUCGCACCCCCUUUCCUAGGUGAAUUUCCCAUCAUCAAAUGGAUUGCAGAUGCCAAAAUCACUGAAGGACACCUUUGCACGGCCCAGGCUGCUCUGAAGCAGGUGGGCAUAAACGGCGUGGCCCUCACGACGAUGGCCAUCGCCCUGCACACCUUCGCCAUCCUCAUCCUACGAUGGCGCAUUCCCAAAAACUCUUCAAAGUUCGUCGUCCUAGGCAUUUGGGUAUUCACAGCCCUCGUCGUCGGCAUACCCAACGCAGUUUUCCGACAUGACGUAUACUAUGGCGCCGACCCGGGUUCGUACUGGUGUUGGAUUCUUAAAAAGUACAGAGCGGAGCAAGUCGUCUCUGAAUAUCUAUGGGUUUGGUCCACAAUGGGAGCCCUCAUACUCCUGUAUGGGUUUAUGUUUUUGGUCAUUCGGGGUUAUGUUAUCAUUGAUGAUGAGGGAGUCCACUGGCAUUCCAAGGUUCGCGCUCAUUUGGAUCUCUCCGGGGGUGACACUGAGGAAGACAGAGAGAAUAAAGUCAUUGCAAAAAUGAUGCUUCUCUAUCCAGCGGUAUACAUCGGCUACGUCCUCCCCAACACCUUCUCCAGGUGGUUCUACUUCAGCGGGUACACGGUUCCCCCUGCAUUGACCCUCUUCGCACAAGCACUCUACGCCCUCUCCGGCGUCUUCAACCUCUUCCUCUUCUUCUUCACCCGCCCAGAAAUGGUCAUCGGCCCAGCCCACGUCGAACUCGCCGAAACGCCCUCCUCACCGAACCAAAACACCAUCAAGUAUGGGCACCUACCUAACCGGAUCGUCGAGGACUCGGACCAGAAGGGGACUUUACCUGAUUUCGACGCGAAUAGUUUGUUGAUUGAUCAUCAGAGUACGACACUGAGGUAUUCCCCUGUUCCUGGUGGGCUUGUACCAAGGCCUGGUACUGGGGGUAGUGGGGGUGGGAUGGGGUACCCACCGACUUCGAGACCGUUGACGAAUGAAGGGUUGAUGCAUGGUGGGUCGAACUCGUUUGAGGAUGAGGAAGAUUAUGGGCGGCUUCCUGGUUAA